AUGGCCUUCGGAUUCUCACUUCCGCAGCCCGUCCGCGACUCGUAUCUGUGCGUCGAUGGACAGGAGCCCGAAAGCGCAGCAGGGUGCUCGGAGGGGCUCUUCUUCGGGCUCACGCUCCUCCCGCUCGAGGACGUCCUGGAGGAAUGGCGGUUCUGGCGCGAGGUCGAUGAUGACCCUGCAACGGGCGCGAACGCGGCGCUGAAGGAGAUGAUGGACUCAAUACCCGCGGGGUGGGUCCGGCGGGAGUACUCAUGUCGCGGGUGGAUCCCGCUCGUCGCGGACAAGGCGGGUAACUACUUGGGUAUCGACAUGAACCCUGGCGAGGGCGGCGCUGUCGGCCAGGUGAUCGUCUUCGGGCGAGACUUUGACACGAAGGUCGUUAUGUGGCGGGGCGACGGGCCGGGCGGAUGGGCAAAGUUCCUGGCGGGGUUCGUGGAGGAUCUCGAGAGCGGGGAAGGGUUCGAGAUGGGGUCCGGUAACGAUGGGAGCGAUGGGAGCGAGGACUCGAUUGGGUACGAGAGCUAUUUCUUCGACGGCGUAGGAGGUGGCCAGGGCGACACUGGCGGUGAUACGGGCACGGGUGGGUUGCGGUUGGCCGGAGAGUACAAGGGCUGGAACGUUUUG